UCUUCCAGUGAAAUUGCUGUUUUUCCUCAAAAUGUAAUUAGACCGGAUCAUUUUAAAACCUCUGGCUGUCCUCAGAGCCAGCCUCUGUUCUUAUGAGUGGGGGAAACGUACAGAUCACGAAUUUAUUGGAAAUGUUGGUUUGACAGAAGGUUUUCAUCAGGGGCGAGAAGACAGAUUUGAAAGGCUGUGGGGUGGAGGCGGCCAGGCAGUCCAGUGUUUGAUGUUGCCUUGGCUGUCACCAGCAGCAGCGAUAAGGGGAUUCUGCACAUACCUGUUGGCUCCGCUGCCUGUGAACACAGGGCAUCCCCGACACUAUAACACCUGCUGCCUCUGAACAGGAGUCAGAGGGAAGACUGCUGUUAAAAGCUGCGGGUACGACUCAUUUUCCAACCACUGUGGAGACCGGAUGGCACACGGAACACUCAUGAUGUCCGCAUCUCUGGUUGGACUUGCUCUUGUCCUGCUCACCUUUCCGGAGCGAGCUGCAGUGAGCGGAGUGUAUAGCAACGCCUCAGAACCAGCCUAUUUGGGUUCAGCGUAUGUCCACCGGGCUCUCCAGCGAGCGACUGAGCUGACCGAUGCUGCUUACGCCCGCACGUCUGAGAGGGUGAAGAAGUCCGUCUCUGAAGGUGCGAUCAGACCCAGUGACCUGCUGGCCCAGUUUAAACAGAUCGAAGCCGGAACCAGGACUCACAUUCGCUCUGCAGAACUGCUGGACAACACGGUGGAGCUGAUCAGAGAGAUGGUCUACACCAACACCAUGACGCAGCCCAAUCCGGACGAGCUUCUGAGCGAAAGAGACGUGGAGGAUCUGCUGCAGAUGACGGGCUGCUCCAGUGAGCUGCACACCCCCAGCUGUCAGACCGACUGCAUGUCUGAGCGCUACAGGUCCAUCACAGGCGAGUGCAACAACAGGCAACAUCCGAAAUGGGGCGCGGCAAACAUCCCAUAUUCCCGCUGGCUGCCUCCAGAAUACGAGGACGUGUGGGGGAUGCCCAGAGGCUGGGAGCCUGAGCACACCUACCACAACGUCAGCCUGCCUCCUGUGAGGCUCGUGUCCCAGGAAGUUCUGUUCACUCACAACGACAAGAUCUCCGUGGACUCCACGCUGUCCCACCUGCUGGUGGACUGGGGUCAGUGGAUAGACCACGACAUGGUGUUGACCCCUCAGAGCCCCAGCACAGCCACCUUUAAGACGAGCGCGGACUGCACCCGCAGCUGCAGCCGGGACUCGCCCUGCUUCCCUAUUCAGAUCCCGCUGUCCGAUCCUCGCAACGGCGUCCAGAGCUGUAUGCCUUUCUUCCGCUCGGCUCCCAGCUGCGACAACCGAGUCCUGCCCCGUCGCCACCGGGAGCAGCUCAACGCCAUCACCUCCUUCGUGGACGCCAGCAUGGUGUACGGCAGCUCCCCCGCUCUGGCUUCGGCUCUCAGGAACCGCUCGUCUCCUCUGGGCUCCAUGGCCCUCAACUCCCAGUACUGGGAUGAGGAGCUGCCCUACAUGCCGUUCCUGCCACGCGUGCAGGCUCACCCGGACCCCUGCGGCCCCCGUAACUCCACCACCUCCGGGGCGUCGAGCAGAUCCGGCCUCAGGGAGAACACCACUUCCUGCUUUCACGCCGGGGAUUCAAGAGUCAACGAGCAUCUGGGACUGAUUGUGCUGCACACACUUUUCCUGAGAGAGCACAACCGGCUGGUCAAAGAGCUGCACCGGCUCAACCCUCACUGGAGUCCAGAAACCCUCUACCAGGAAGCGAGAAAGAUCAUAGGAGCCGUUCACCAGAUCCUGACCUGGGAGCACUACCUGCCACGAGUGCUGGGUGAGACAGCCAUGUCCCAGCUGCUGCCCCCCUACCAGAGGUACGAUCCAGACCUGGACCCAAGCAUCGCCAACACGUUCGCUACGGCUGCGUUUCGUUUUGCCCACGUCACCAUCCAGCCGGUGGUGACCCGGCUGGGUCCAGAAUACUCUUUUAACUCCAGGUAUCCCUCUCUGCCUCUGCAUCACUCGCUGUUUGCUUCAUGGAGGGUUGUCCAGGAAGGGGGUAUUGAUCCUGUGCUGCGUGGCAUGUUGCUGUCCCCGGCCAAGCUGCAGACUCCAGGUCAGAUGAUGGUGGAGGAGCUCACAGAAAGGCUGUUUCAGGCACAGGGAGGGAUGCCUCUGGACCUCGGGGCCUUGAACCUGCAGCGGGGCCGGGACCACGGCCUCCCUGGGUACGGCUCAUGGCGACGGUUCUGCAAUCUCUCUGUCCCCAACACUACUUCAGACCUGGCCGAAAUUUUGGGGAACUUCACGUUGGCUCACAAAUUCGAGGUCUUGUACGGGACCCCGUACAACAUCGACGUGUGGGUGGGGGCCAUAUCGGAGCCAGCUCUGCCCGGAGGACGAGUGGGACCGCUUCUGUCCUGCCUCCUGGCAAGACAGUUCAGAGCCCUGAGAGACGGGGACAGGUUCUGGUGGGAGAGGAAUGGAGUUUUCACCAGAACCCAGAGGAGACACCUGCACAACGUCUCCCUGUCCCGCAUCAUUUGUGACAACAGCCACAUCACGCGUGUCCCUGUGGACCCAUUUUCACGCACCGAGGGCCCUGAAGACAUGCUGGCCUGCUCCCAUCCACUCAUCCCACAUCUCGACCUCAGCCCCUGGGAAGAGCCGCACGCAGAUCCCAUCUGUGGCCCGAUACCCAGAAUUCACUCUGGCUACUCCCUGCUCUGCGACUCCACGAUCCUUUAUCAGUGUCAGGCUGGAUUCAAGCUGCUGGGCUCUCCUUCCAUCAGCUGUGAGGCUGAGAGCCAGAAGUGGAGCUCCCCGCCUCCAACAUGUCACGAUAUCAAUGAGUGUGAGGAACUGAUCUCUUCUUGUCCACAACAUCUGGAAUGCUUCAACACAGCAGGUUCCUUCCUUUGCUCAGAGCCCUCCUCGCUGUCCGCCGUCUCCAUUGGGGCUGCAGUGACAGUGGUGAUCGCUGGUGCAGCCUGGCCUGCUGUUGGUCCUCUUCUGUUAUCGAAGAUAUUUUCCAAAGUCUGAGGAGUUGAUCUCCGCUGAAUGUACCCAGGGGAACAGCUGACCUCUUCUAAUCAGUUCUUGUGAUGGAAAAGUUUCUCACUUAUUUAAAACUGUGUCACAAAGUGGCUAAACAAUCAGUGUUUAUUUGCCUCAGCGACGUCACAUUUAGUCCCCACGUUACGACAGCGUCCAUUCAUAAAACCCCGGGCCAAACUAUCCGUACGCGUCUCGGGCAGUUUGUGCAAGCAGGUCAUGAAAACAGAAACCUACAGAAGCCGUUUUAAUCCGGAAACUGGAAAAUCUUACAGGAAUGUUUGCCCCAAAAACAGAUUUCCAGUCUUAGUGUGACUGAGCCCGCUUCCUGCUUACAGUCCUUGUUGGGCAACUGUGGGUCAGGGUGUUUUUCUGUCAGGGUGACCAGACAGAAGAGGCAGCCCAAGGUUUUAUGGGACCUACAAGAUGUUUAGAUUUCACAGCACCACAAACAUCUUUUAUAUUUUAUUUAUCAAAUCAAUAGCCCCUGGGAGAGAGACAGCUGUAACCAAAGUAUGGAGGUAAUGCUAUUUCUCAGCAUAUUUAUUUUAUCUGGCAGUGUUUGAACCCUCAUAAGUGGAGUAAGGAAGGAGGGAUCACGAUUAUUUGGCUGGGCUUAAAAGAGAAACUGGUGAUUGUAUGCCGAGAUUAUUUUGUGAACAGUUACACUUGGCGUGAAAUCCGAUCUGACGCGGGUACAACCAGUGGAAACACUUCCCUUUGUGUUUAUAGUUACCAUCAACUUCUUUUAGACAGUGUUUCUAGUAAAAUAAAUAAAACACCAAAAACAAAGUUGAAGGUUUAAUAUGUGUGGUUCCUACAGGUUCAGGUUGAACUUCUAGACCUUUCUGGACUCAGCUUCCCAGUCAGUUUCACCCACCUCCAAACAUAAAAUACUUAAAGU